AUGUUUGGGCCCCCCGACAAGAGACGAAGGGAUCAGAGAUGUGAAUAUCAUAAAGACCAUGGACACACAACCGACAUACGCUAUGCUUUAAAAGAUCACCUAGAAGAGUUGGUCCAAGGAGGCCGAUUGGCAGAAUACCUUCCAAAGACAGAGAACCCACCAGGUGUGCUCGAUGUACGCCUCGAUUCACCACCUAUCGGCAUGAUCCACAUGAUAUACAGCAUACCUCCAUCAAACGACAUAAAUUUGGUUCAACUGCAAUCUUCCAGGUUUAACCCUGAGUCCGGUAUGUCAGUCAAAUGGCCUCGUUUGUCAAAUGAGAUCAGCUUUUCAGAUGCAAUUCUUAAAGGAGUUACCAUUCCACACAAUGACGCUCUCGUAAUCGAGUUACGGGUUAAUAAGUUUGCCAUUUAUCACAUCUUGAUUGACCAGGGAAGCACUUCUGAAAUAAUGUAUUACAAGAAAUUUCUCAAACUCGGCUUCACAGAUGCAGACUUUUUUCUAGCCAAGUACCUUUUUUUGGCUUCAACGCCAAUCCAGAAUACCCUUUAG